AUAAAUAUAUAAAUAAAUAAAUGCAAGUUGGAUUUGGAUCAAGCAAUCAAUCUCUGGGUCUCUCGCUCGCUCUCCCAACUAGCUUACCAUCAAAACAGAUAGAUCCAGAUCGCGCUUUAAAAGAUCUCCAACCCCUAACCCUUUCCAUUCGAUCUCCCAGUUUGAUUGCAGGCAGGCCUCUUUUGUUUUAGGUUAAAUAACAAAAAAUGUCGAGGAGGCCAGGGAAUCCUGCCAGACGUUUGGCUGAUGGAGGAAGCCUUCCUUUUGCUGGGUCGAUGCAUUCUAAAUCGCGUUCGUCGCCGUUACUAUCCAUUGGCCUUGUUGUCGUGGGCGCGAUUCUUCUUAUUGGAUACUGUUACAGUGGCUCAGGUGGGCAUAUCACCAAUAGAGAAGCUUUAAGCAAGACAGAAGGUGGUGUUUCUUGCACACUAGAAGUCCAAAGAGCGCUACCUUUUCUGAAGAAGGCUUAUGGUGACAGCAUGCGUAAAGUACUGCAUGUAGGCCCGGACACUUGUUCUGCAGUAUCAAGCUUAUUAAAAGAAGAGGAUACCGAGGCCUGGGGCGUGGAGCCAUAUGACUUAGAUGAUGUGAGUGCCAACUGCAAGAGCCUUGUUCGCAAAGGCCUUGUGCGUGUAGCUGAUAUCAAAUUUCCUCUUCCCUACCGGCCAAAAUCAUUCUCUCUUGUUAUAGUGUCAGAUGCGUUGGAUUACUUGUCUCCAAAAUAUCUCAACAAAACACUUCCAGAAUUGGCAAGGGUGUCUGCUGAUGGCCUAGUUGUAUUUUCUGGCGCUCCAGGUCAGCAAAGAGUUAAAGUUGCAGAGUUGUCUAAGUUUGGUCGUCCAGCCAAAUUCCGGACCUCAACAUGGUGGAUAAGGUACUUUGUUCAGACUGGUUUACAAGAGAAUGAAUCUGCCUUAAAGAAGUUUGAGCAGGCGGCAUUGAAGAAGUCAUAUAAGCCAGCCUGCCAAGUUUUCCACCUCCAGACAUAUGAUUGAAAGUUUUGGUGUCAUAACAUUUUCCAUUGCUGUGUCUGCAAACUGGCAACAAACCAUGCCAAUGAUAAGCUAUUUUGUGGAAUUACGUUCAUGUUGGUUCUUAUCUUGAUACAGUAAAUCUCUUGAUCAUUAUUUAUUGAGGAAAGUAAGCAUGUAUGAAUUCACUUCCACUAUUCUUUAUAAGAUAAGUUUUUGCACUCUA